AUGGAGACGGAGAUGAAUGACAUUUCUAUUACAGAUCAGUUGUUGACUUGGCAGGGAUUUGCUGGACUUUACCUCCAAAAGGCUCUGCAAUCGGAAAGAGCUUUAAGGGAUAUUGAUGAUGGCCUGAGUAGGAAAAUAGCGUGUAAAAUAGAGUUGUUAAAACAGGUGAUGCAGAAUUUUUGGGAUGCGGUGAAUAAUGAUGACGUGAAAAAUUCCGUAAAUGAGUUGAGUGAGAAAUUUACUCGUCAACGCAGAGAAGUGAAUGAGCAUAUUGCGUUAAAAAUAAGUGAAAUGCAACAAGCGUUAAAACAGAAUUUUGAAGCUAUCAGUCAAAAAAUCGAAAAUGUAAAACAGGAAAAAGAUAAGCAUCUUAAGUAUAUUACAAGCGCCGUGCAAUCGGCCAAGAAGUUGGCUAAGGAAUUACUGAGCGAGGAGGCAAAUGGAUUUACGCAGGGUUACAAGGAGAAAAUCACCGAGAAGUUUAGUGAAAUUAAAACUAGAAUAGAGGAGUUUACAAAUGACGGUAACGGCGGCGGCAGUAACAAGUCGGAGCUGUGGACGCAGUUUGAGAGUGUUCAGAGUAAAUUUGAGAGGGAGAUUGAUGAGCUUGACGACACUGUUUACAGCAAUCCAGAAGAAAAUGAGCUUGUUAAAGAGGCGUUAUCUAAGCUUGGGACGGCUAAGAGUACGCUGGAUCUGACAACUGGAGACAUCACUGCUACAUCUACGUCACUUAAAAGUAAAUACGAACGUGAUUUGAAUGGGAAAUUCGAGACACUGAUAGAGAAGUUCCCGACAUUCAAAAAUGUCGUUUUCGGUGACGGAGGAACAUCCUCCAAUCCAGACGAAAAUUCUCUCGCUAAGCUGAUCACAAAGUUAACGACUGUCAUUGGCAAUACAGGCGACAUCAGUGGUUAUGGUCUUGUAGGCGCCGUUAACGCCUUCAACAACGCUGCUAGACUACAGAUCCAAAAUGCCGCCAAAAAGGCUAUUGAGGAGGCAAUUGGAAGAUUUCAAAUGGAAGACAACGGUGAUGAACCCAAAAUAAAAGUAGCACAAUUAAUGAAGCUCUUUGAGGCGUCCAGAAUGGAACUUAGCGCAGCCGUUCAAAAAAUCCAGGUGGAGCUUAAUGACCUUAAGAAGCUUCCCGAAGCCGUCAACAGUGAGAAAGAAAGCGCCGGUGCGUACAUGGCCGAAUUGAAACAGAGGAUCGAGAGUAUUCAAUCCCGAAUUCAGGGAAUCGACAGGCCUAUCGGGACCGCCACUAGUGUCAUACAGGCGGCCAUCUCACUGCUAGAAAUAUCAAUAAAAGACGCUGAAAGUAAUGCCCAGGUUGUCACGUCAGCUCUCCGAAUAGAUUUGCAAAAACGAGUAGGUCAGGCAUUUGACGACUUGGAUGAACACGUCCAAAAAAUGUUCGAUGCCCAGAAGAAAGCUGAAUUAAAGGCUCUCUCAACAUCUGUGUCAUCGCAAAUUCCUAAGAUCCAAGACUCAAUUGACGACGACAUGGAUGCAGGCCUGAAAGGCCUGAUGAACAAGCUGAAAGCUGUAUUUCCCAGUCUGACGAAUUCGGCCAAAGAUCUACAAACCGCUGCCAACAGAGUAAAAAGCUUUUAUGACAAAUUCCUCAACGCUUUAAAUGAGCAGUCCGAUUUAACCACUGACGCAAAUAGAAUCACAACACUGCAAGAUGCCCUGCUCCAAGUCCUCUCCACAAUGAACACCAAACAACACUUCCACCAGGAAGUCUCCGACAAAAUCGACGCGCUCAACACAGCACUGCACAACUUCACCCCCAAGGAAUUCGCCGACGCCUCUCCCCUGCUCAACGUCAUAAGGCGCGGCGUCACUCGCCUCCACGAGGAGCUACGCAAGCAGUACGUCAGCAGGUACUCGGGGGAGACGUUCGGUGGUCAACUUGUGGAGACUAAGAGGGACGCUGAUGGAAAGCCAACUGCCAAAAUAACAGAGUAUGGCACUAAGUGUGCUAAGUUAUGCUUAACCAUCUUACCCUCUGUAUAUGACCAUUUGACCAAGUUGAAGGAAGACUGUGAACACCCUUGGAAGCAUAACAAAAUGUGUCUCGUUUCCAAACCUAAUAUACACAAUCACCUGGGACAUUUCCUGCAAAAGUGCGGUUAUGAAGUUACCAAAAAAGAAGAUUCCCAUGACGGUGAAUUGAAAUUCCCUUCCACCGGGUGCAACGGUAAGAAGAUUCACGAGAAACUUAACGAGCCGAUUUCAGAAGCCAACCUAACAAAACACCUUACAACUUGUAGACCAAAUAAAAAACGAACAGACUUUAAGGUAACAGACAUUCUUAAAUGUAUUCACAGUCACAUUGAUGCGUACUACAAACUUGGCCACCUACUCAAUUCAUCAUCCAAGAGACAUCCGUGUUCUGUGUAUGAGAAACUUAUAUGGUUGUGUGGACUGCCGUGCAAUUCUGUGUUUUUACCUAUGUUAGAUGAAACCAUAAGUGAUCUGUUUUCUGAUCCACGUAAACAGACAACACACGACGGUAUAACUCUCACAGUUAUAGACUCCGAAUCACUGCCAGCGUAUCCACAGCCGAUGGAAUAUGAUGAUGCACGAAAAGCGGUGACAUAUGUCUGCUCAACUUCAUAUGACAUUUUGACUGGCAUAGUUGGCACAGGCGAUGCCAAUACCAUGUACGGCGUCGACUUCUAUGACAACUCCCUGAAAUUACACUAUCCUCAAAAAGGGGAAGACUGUUUGAAUAUGCUGCUAGAUGUCUUACGUAGACUCUUCCAGCCACUUAAAUACCUAUAUUUGCGGUGCGGAUUAAGCGCUGAGCACAACGGCUGGCGUGACUGCCCCUACGGAAAAGACGUGCCUACCGCCAAAUCACAUUGUGAGAGGCAGUCAACUGUCGAAGCAACGGGCCAAGCAAAGUGCCGACCUACGUGCCAGGCAAAGUGCGAACCAAAUUGCCAACCAACUUCACCAUUAAUGUCUUACUUAAAUGACUGUCUGCCUGGUCACUUACCUCACCACCUAAGCAGCGUUGGAUGUAAAUCCGUAUGCAGCACCUGCCCUACUACCUCCAGGCUGGGAAUGCCCUGUCUCACUCCGCUUGGCUUCAGAGGUUUCUGUGGGUCUACGAAGAGGGGUUCAGACAUGUGGGAACUGCUUGACGGAAUGUUCGCCGAUGAAUAUAUCCCUUCCCUUUUCUGCCUUGUUGUCAAACCGCCAUCCACACUACCGGAACAUUUCCAGUUUGCAUUGACCUUAGUUGAUAUGUUGAAUAAUGGCAACAAAUCCGGUACGAAUCCAGUCGCGACGGCUUUUGAGACCACAACCAAGGAGCUGUCCAUUGAGCUGUGUAAAGAUUAUAACAAAUUCACAAGUGCUUUUACCAAUGCGUAUAACAGCCACGACAUCUCCAACCAUCGCAAAUCCACAGAAGCCGAUCUGUACACCAUGUCGACUCCAUCGACAUGUAUGCGCGCUCACGCAGACAAACUUCACUGUGCUCCGUACCUUCAGUCCCUGUACAACGACACAUAUACUUUCCUCGCUGAGAAGCAUUGCCAUCUAUAUCUUUCCUGGGCUGUCUACCUGCCGUGGACGUUCUGCCAGUAUCUCAAAAGCCUACUUGAUGCCUUCUCCAACAUAUCCUGCCAGGAUUGGGGCUGCGGCAGAUGUGUUAACGGUGACAAAUGUAAAACUGGGAAGCAUGGAAUUGAAAACUGCCGGUGCCGGGGACUCGUUGAAUGCCGCGGCGUACAGAGCGCGUUAUACCAAUAUGGAUUCACGUUUGGCAAUCCGCAGAAAUUAUCGGACAGCAAGGAAAAACGAUACUGCCAUCAUUUCUACAUACAACUUUCAAACAUUGUUAAUUCGACAUAUUUCCAGAAGCUGUUCGAAGCUUGUGAUGAAUUCCUGAAAGAAAUCAGAUGGCCAUUUAUGCUAACGUUACUAGCCCUCUGGUCGCUGUCGCUCCUGUACCUGCUGCACAUCGCCGUCGUCCGCCUCGACGUCCUGAGGAUACGCUCCCACCUGAGAUCACCCGCAAGCCACCGCAUCGCCGCGCAGUCCCUACUCGCCGCCGCACGCGUCAAGGCACUCGCCAACGUCAAGUACUUCUCACCAUAA